UAAAAAGCCACAAUAUACCGGAAGGGCUAGCCUCUCUGCCUAAGGAGAGCGAGCAGCGAGAGCGGUUGUGCAAGUGCGGAUCUGAGCCGCUUGGUAGUAAUUGCGGCGAUCGUGGGUCCCUAUAAUACACCGCAAGCAUGUCUAUUAUGUCCUAUAACGGAGGGGCCGUCAUGGCCAUGAAGGGCAAGAACUGUGUGGCCAUCGCUGCCGACAGGCGCUUCGGGAUCCAGGCCCAGAUGGUGACUACGGACUUCCAGAAGAUCUUUCCCAUGGGCGACCGGCUUUACAUCGGCCUGGCCGGGCUUGCCACCGACGUCCAGACCGUCGCUCAGCGCCUCAAGUUCCGAUUGAACCUGUAUGAGCUGAAGGAAGGGCGGCAGAUCAAGCCCUACACCCUCAUGAGCAUGGUGGCCAACCUCCUGUACGAGAAGCGGUUCGGUCCCUACUACACGGAGCCUGUCAUCGCUGGACUGGACCCGAAGACCUUUCAGCCCUUCAUCUGCUCUCUUGACCUCAUUGGCUGCCCCAUGGUGACGGACGACUUCGUGGUCAGUGGUACCUGUUCCGAACAAAUGUACGGGAUGUGUGAGUCGCUCUGGGAGCCGGACAUGGACCCAGAGCACCUGUUCGAGACCAUCUCACAAGCCAUGCUGAAUGCCGUGGACCGGGACGCCGUGUCGGGCAUGGGGGUCAUCGUCCAUAUCAUUGAGAAGGACAAAAUCACCACCAGGACACUGAAGGCCCGGAUGGACUAACCUGCUCUUCCCGGAGACCUCUCCUUUUCCUUGUUUUUUUUUUCUAAUAAAAGUUUCCCUUUCA